GAUGCUCCAAGUCUAUGUUUCCCUCAGCUUACUGGUGCACUAAGUCCCUGUUGCCCUCAGCUUAUUGUUGCUCCAAGUCCCUGUUACCAUCAGCUUAUUGGUGCUCCAAGUUCAUGUUGCCCUCAGCUUAUUGGUGCUCCAAGUCCCUUUUGCCAACUGUUUACUGGUGCACAAAGUUCCUGUUGCACUCAUUUUGUUGGUGCUCCAAGUCCCUGUUGCCCUCAGCUUGUUGGUGCUCCAAGUCUCUGUUAAACUCAAUAUAUUGGUGCACCAAGUCACUGUUGCCCUCAGCUUAUUGGUGUUCCAAGUCCCUGUUGCCCUCAGCUUAUUGGUGCUCCAAGUCCCUGAUGCACUCAGACUAUUGGUGCUCCAAGUCCCUGUUGCACUCAGUUUAUUGGUGCUCCAAGUCCCUGUUAACCUCAGCUUAUUGGUGCUCCAAGUCCCUGUUGCCCUCAGCUUAUUGGUGCUCCAAGUCCCUGUUGCCAACAGUUCACUGGUGCUCCAAGUCCCUGAUGAACUCAGACUAUUGGUGCUCCAAGUCCCUGUUGCACUCAGCUUAUUGGUGCUCCAAGUCCCUGAAGCACUCAGACUAUUGGUGCUCCAAGUCCCUGUUGCAAUCAGUUUAUUGAUGCUCCAAGUCCAUGUUAACCUCAGCUUAUUGGUGCUCCAAAUCCCUGAUGCACUCAGACUAAUGGUGCUCCAAGUCCCUGUUGCACUCAGUUUAUUGGUGCUCCAAGUCCCUGUUAACCUCAGCUUAUUGGUGCUCCAAGUCCCUGUUGCCAACAGUACACUGGUGCUCCAAGUCCCUGUUGCACACAGCUUAUUGGUGCUCCAAGUCCCUGAUGCGCUUAGACUAUUGGUGCUCCAAGUCCCUGUUGCACUCAGUUUUUUGAUGCUCCAAGUCCCUGUUAACCUCAGCUUAUUGGAGCUCCAAGUCCCUGUUGCCUUCAGCUUACUGAUGAUCCAAGUCUAUGUUUCCCUCAGCUUAUAAUAAUAUAAUAAUAAUAAUAAUAAUAUGCUAUUUAGCAGACGCUUUUAUCCAAAGCGACUUACAGUCAUGCGUGCAUACAUUUUUGUGUAUGGGUGGUCCCGGGGAUUGAACCCACUACCUUGGCGUUACAAGCGCCGUGCUCUACCAGCCCUCAGAUUACUGGUUCUUCAAGUCCCUGUUUACCUCAGCUUAUUGGUGCUCCAAGUCCCUGUUGCCAACAGUUUACUGGUGCUCCAAGUCCCUGUUGACCUCAGCUUAUUGGUGCUCCAAGUCCCUGAUGCACUCAGACUAUUGGUGCUCCAAGUCCCUGUUACACUCAGUUUAUUGGUGCUCCAAGUCCCUGUUAACCUCAGCUUAUUGGAGCUCCAAGUCCCUGUUGCCUUCAAUCAAUCAAUCAAUUUUAUUUUAUAUAGCCCUUCGUACAUCAGCUAAUAUCUCGAAGUGCUGUACAGAAACCCAGCCUAAAACCCCAAACAGCUAGUAAUGCAGGUGUAGAAGCACGGUGGCUAGGAAAAACUCCCUAGAAAGGCCAAAACCUAGGAAGAAACCUAGAGAGGAACCAGGCUAUGAGGGGUGGCCAGUCCUCUUCUGGCUGUGCCGGGUGGAGAUUAUAACAGAACCAUGCUAAGAUGUUCAAAAAUGUUCAUAAGUGACAAGCAUGGUCAAAUAAUAAUCAGGAAUAAAUCUCAGUUGGCUUUUCAUAGCCGAUCAUUAAGAGUUGAAAACAGCAGGUCUGGGACAGGUAGGGGUUCCAUAACCGCAGGCAGAACAGUUGAAACUGGAAUAGCAGCAAGGCCAGGCGGACUGGGGACAGCAAGGAGUCACCACGGCCGGUAGUCCCGACGUAUGGUCCUAGGGCUCAGGUCUCUCAGUUGGCUUUUCAUAGCCGAUCAUUAAGAGUUGAAAACAGCAGGUCUGGGACAGGUAGGGGUUUCGUAACCGCAGGCAGAACAGUUGAAACUGGAAUAGCAGCAAGGCCAGGCGGACUGGGGACAGCAAGGUGUCAGCAUGCCCGGUAGUCCUGACGUAUGGUCCUAGGGCUCAGGUUCUCAGAGAGAAAGAGAGAACGAGAGAAUUAGAGAGAGCAUACUUAAAUUCACACAGGACACUGGAUAAGACAGGAGAAGUACUCCAGGUAUAACCAACUAACCCCAGCCCCCCGACACAUAAACUACUGCAGCAUAAAUACUGGAGGCUGAGACAGGAGCGGUCCGGAGACACUGUGGCCCCAUCCGAAGAAACCCCCGGACAGGGCCAAACAGGAAGGAUAUAACCCCACCCACUCUGCCAAAGCACAGCCCCCGCACCACUAGAGGGAUAUCCUCAACCACCAACUUACAAUCCUGAGACAAGGCCGAGUAUAGCCCACAGAGGUCUCCACCACAGCACAAACCAAGGGGGGGCGCCAACCCAGACAGGAAGAUCACGUCAGUAACUCAACCCACUCAAGUGACGCACCCCUCCUAGGGACGGCAUGAAAGAGCACCAGCAAGCCAGUGACUCAGCCCCUGUAACAGGGUUAGAGGCAGAGAACCCCAGUGGAGAGAGGGGAACCGGCCUGGCAGAGACAGCAAGGGCUGUUCGUUGCUCCAGAGCCUUUCCGUUCACCUUCACACUCCUGGGCCAGACUACACUCAAUCAUAAGACCUACUGAAGAGAUAAGUCUUCAGUAAAGACUUAAAGGUUGAGACCGAGUCUGCGUCUCUCACAUGGGUAGGCAAACUGUUCCAUAAAAAUGGAGAUCUAUAGGAGAAAGCCCUGCCUCCCGCUGUUUGCUUAGAAAUUCUAGGGACAAUUAGGAGGCCUGCGUCUUGUGACCGUAGCGUACGUAUUGGUAUGUAUGGCAGGACCAACUCGGAAAGAUAGGUAGGAGCAAGCCCAUGUAACGCUUUAUAGGUUAACAGUAAAACCUUGAAAUCAGCCCUUGCCUUAACAGGAAGCCAGUGUAGGGAAGCUAGCACUGGAGUAAUAUGAUCAAAUUUCUUGGUUCUAGUCAGGAUUCUAGCAGCCGUAUUUAGCACUAACUGAAGUUUAUUUAGUGCUUUAUCCGGGUAGCCGGAAAGUAGAGCAUUGCAGUAGUCUAACCUAGAAGUAACAAAUGCAUGGAUUAAUUUUUCUGCAUCAUUUUUGGACAGAAAAUUUCUGAUUUUUGCAAUGUUACGUAGAUGGAAAAAAGCUGUCCUUGAAACAGUCUUGAUAUGUUCGUCAAAAGAGAGAUCAGGGUCAAGAGUAACGCCGAGGUCCUUCACAGUUUUAUUUGAGACGACUUUACAACCAUCAAGAUGAAUUGUCAGAUUUAACAGAAGAUCUCUUUGUUUCUUGGGACCUAGAACAAGCAUCUCUGUUUUGUCCGAGUUUAAAAGUAGAACGUUUUCAGCCAUCCACUUCCUUAUGUCUGAAACACAGGCUUCUAGCGAGGGCAAUUUUGGGGCUUCACCAUGUUUCAUUGAAAUGUACAGCUGUGUGUCAUCCGCAUAGCAGUGAAAGUUAACAUUAUGUUUUCGAAUAACAUCCCCAAGAGGUAAAAUAUAUAGUGAAAACAAUAGUUGCCCUCAGCUUAGUGGUGCUCCAAGUCCCUGUUGCCCUCAGCUUAUCGGUGCUCCAAGUUCCUGUUCCCCUCAGCUUAUUGGUGCUCCAAUCCCUGUUGCCCUCAGCUUAUUGGUGCUCCAAGUCCCUGUUGCCCUCAGCUUAUUGGUGCUCCAAGUCCCUGUUGCCCUCAGCUUAUUGAUAAUCCAAGUCCCUAUUGCCCUCAGCUUAUUGGUGCCCCAAGUCCCUGUUGCCCUCAGCUUAUUGGUGCUCCAAGUCCCUGUUGCCAACAGUUUAUUGGUGCUCCUAUUUCCUGUUUCCCUCACCUUAUUGGUGCUCCAAGUCCCUGUUGCCCUCAGCUUAUUGGUGCUCCAAAUCCCUGUUGCCCUCAGCUUAUUGGUGCUCCAAGUGUCUGUUGCCCUCAGCUUAUUGGUAAUCCAAGUCCCGUUGCCCUCAGUUUAUUGGUGCCCCAAGUCCCUGUUGCCCUCAGCUUAUUGGUACCCCAAGUCCCUGUUGCCCUCAGCUUAUUGGUGCUCCAAGAGUCUGUUGCCCUCAGCUUAUUGGUGCUCCAAGUCCCUGUUGCCCUCAGCGUAUUGGUGCUCCAAGUCCCUGUUGCCCUCAGUUUAUUGGUGCUCCAAGUCCCUGUUGACCUCAGUUUAUUGGUGCUCGAAGUCUCUGUUGCCCUCAGCUUACUGGUGCUCCAAGUCCCUGUUGCCCUCAGUGUACUGGUGCUCCAAGUCCCUGUUGCACUCAGUUUAUUGGUGCUUCAAGUCCCUGUUAACCUCAGCUUAUUGAAGCUCCAAGUCCCUGUUUGCUUCAGCUUAUUGGUGCUCCAAGUCCCUGUUGCCCUCAGUUUAUUGGUGUUCCAAGUCCCUGUUGCACUCAGCUUAGUGGUGCUCCAAGUCCCUGUUGCCCUCAGUUUAUUGGUGCUCCAAGUCUUUGUUGCACUCAGCUUACUGGUGCUCCAAGUCCCUGUUUCUCUCCUUUUAUUGGUGCUCCAAGUACCUGUUUCCCUCAGCGUAUUGGUGCUCCAAGUCCCAGUUUCCCUCAGCUUAUUGGUGCUCCAAUUCCUUGUUUCCCUCAGUUUAUUGGUGCUCCAAGUCCCUGUUGCCCUCAGCUUAUUGGUGCUCCAAGUCCCCGUUGCCCUCAUCUUAUAUGUGCUUCAAGUCCCUGUUGCCCUUAGCUUAUUGGUGCUCCAAGUCCCUGUUUCCCUCAGCUUAUUGGUGCUUCUAGUUCCUGUUGCCCUCAGCUUAUUGGUGCUCCAAUCCCUGUUGCCCUCAGCUUAUUGGUGCUCCAAGUCCCUGUUGCCCUCAGUUUAUUGGUGCUCCAAGUCCCUGUUGCCCUCAGUUUAUUGAUAAUCCAAGUCCCUGUUGCCCUCAGCUUAUUGGUGCCCCAAGUCCCUGUUGCCCUCAGCUGAUUGGUGCUCCAAGUCCCUGUUGCCCUCAGUUUAUUGGUACUCCAAGUGUCUGUUGCCGUUAGCUUAUUGGUAAUCCAAGUCCCCGUUGCCCUCAGUUUAUUGGUGCUCCAAGUCCCUGUUGCCCUCAGCUUAUUGGUGCUCCAAGUCCCUGUUGCCCUCAGCAUAUUGGUGCUCCAAGUGUCUGUUGCCCUCAGCUUAUUGGUAAUCCAAGUCCCUGUUGCCCUCAGUUUAUUGGUACUCCAAGUGUCUGUUGCCGUUAGCUUAUUGGUAAUCCAAGUCCCCGUUGCCCUCAGUUUAUUGGUGCCCCAAGUCCCUGUUGCCCUCAGUUUACUGGUGCUCCAAGUCCCUGUUUCUGUCCUUUUAUUGGUGCUCCAAGUCCCUGUUUCUCUCAGCGUAUUGGUGCUCCAAAUCCCAGUUUCCCUCAGCUUAUUGGUGCUCCAAUUCCUUGUUUCCCUCAGUUUAUUGGUGCUCCAAGUCCCUGUUGCCCUCAGCUUAUUGGUGCUCCAAGUCCCUGUUGCCCUCGGCUUAUUUUUGCUUCAAGUCCCAUGUUGCCCUUAGCUUAUUGGUGCUUCCCAAGUCCCUUUUGCCCUCAGCUUUCAGUGGUGCUCCAAGUCCCUGUUGCCCUCAGCUUAUCGGUUUGUUUUUUUUCUCCAAGUUCCUGUUCCCUCAGCUUAGUGGUUGCCUUCCAAUCCCUGUUGCCAUCCUUCAGCUUAGUUGGUGCCUCCAAGUCCCCUGUUGCCUCAGCUUAUGGGUGCUCCAAAGUCCCUGUUGCCCUCAGCCUUAUUGCUAAUCCAAGUCCUAUUGCCCUCAGCUUAUUGGGUUUGCACCAAGUCCAUGUUGCCCUCAGCUUAUUGGGUGCUCCACAGUCCCUGUUGGCCACAGUUAUUGGUGCUCCUAUUUCCUGGUUCCCUCACCUUAGUUGCGCUACCAAGUCCCCUUUUGCCCUCAGCUAUUGAUGCCUCCAAAUCCCUGUUUCCAUCUAAGCUUAUUGGUGCUCCAAGUGUCUGUUGCCCUCAGCUUAUUGGUAAUCCAAGUCCCUGUUGCCCUCAGUUUAUUGGUACUCCAAGUGUACGUUGCUGUCAGCUUAUUGGUAAUCCAAGUCCCGUUGCCCUCAGUUUAUUGGUGCCCCAAGUCCCUGUUGCCCUCAGCUUAUUGGUACCCCAAGUCCCUUUUGCCCUCAGUUUAUUGGUCCUCCAAGUCCCUGUUGCCCCUAGCUUAUUGGUGCUCCAAGUCCCUAUUGCCGUCAGCUUAUUGGUGCUCCAAGUCCCUGUUGCCCUCAGCGUAUUGGUGCUCCAAGUCCCUGUUUCCCUAAUCUUACUGGUGCUACAAGUCCCUGUUGCCCUCAGCUUAUUGGUGCUCCAAGACCCUGUUGCCCUCAGCUUAAUGGUUCUCCAAGUCCCUGUUGCCCUCAGCUUAUUGGUGCUCCAAGUCCCUGUUGCCCUCAGCUUAUUGGUGCUCCAAGUCCCUGUUGCCCUCAGCUUAUUGGUGCUCCAAGUCCCUGUUGCCCUCUGCUUAAUGGUUCUCCAAGUCCCUGUUGCCCUCAGCUUAUUGGUGCUCAAAGUCCCUGUUGCCCUCAGAUUAUUGGUGCUCCAAGUCCCUGUUGCCCUCAGCUUAUUGGUGCUCCAAGUCCCUGUUGCCCUCAGCUUAUUGGUGCUCCAAGUGUCUGUUGCCCUCAGUUUAAUGGUAAUCCAAGUCCCUGUUGCACUCAGCUUAUUGGUGCCCCAAGUCCCUGUUGCCUUCAGCUUAUUGGUGCUCCAAAUCUCUGUUGCCCUCAGUUUAUUGGUGCUCCAAGUCCCUGUUGCACUCAGCUUAUUGGUGCUCCAAGUCCCUGUUGCCCUCAGUUUACUGGUGCUCCAAGUCCCUGUUGCCCUCAGCUUACUGGUGCUCCAAGUCCCUGUUGCCCUCCUUUUAUUGGUGCUCCAAGUCCCUGUUUCCCUCAGUGUAUUGGUGCCCCAAGUCCCAGUUUCCCUCAGCUUAUUGGUGCUCAAAUUCCCUGUUUCCCUCAGUUUAUUGGUGCUCCAAGUCCCUGUUGCCCUCAGUUUAUUGGUGCUCCAAGUCCCUGUUGCACUCAUCUUAUUGGUGCUCCAAGUCCCUGUUGCACUCAGCUUAUUGGUGCUCCAAGUCCCUGUUGCCCUUAGUUCAUUGGUGCUCCAAGUCCCUGUUGCCCUCAGCUUAUUGGUGCUCCAAGACCCUGUUGCCCUCAGCUUAAUGGUUCUCCAAGUCCCUGUUGCCCUCAGUUUAUUGGUGCUCCAAGUCCCUGUUGCCCUCAGCUUAUUGGUGCUCCAAGUCCCUGUUGCCCUCAGCUUAUUGGUGCUCCAAGUCCCUGUUGCCCUCUGCUUAAUGGUUCUCCAAGUCCCUGUUGCCCUCAGCUUAUUGGUGCUCAAAGUCCCUGUUGCCCUCAGAUUAUUGGUGCUCCAAGUCCCUGUGGCCCUCAGCUUAUUGGUGCUCCAAGUCCCUGUUGCCCUCAGCUUAUUGGUGCUCCAAGUGUCUGUUGCCCUCAGUUUAAUGGUAAUCCAAGUCCCUGUUGCACUCAGCUUAUUGGUGCCCCAAGUCCCUGUUGCCUUCAGCUUAUUGGUGCUCCAAAUCUCUGUUGCCCUCAGUUUAUUGGUGCUCCAAGUCCCUGUUGCCCUUAGUUUAUUGGUGCUCCAAGUCCCUGUUGCACUCAGCUUAUUGGUGCUCCAAGUCCCUGUUGCCCUCAGUUUACUGGUGCUCCAAGUCCCUGUUGCCCUCAGCUUACUGGUGCUCCAAGUCCCUGUUGCCCUCCUUUUAUUGGUGCUCCAAGUCCCUGUUUCCCUCAGUGUAUUGGUGCCCCAAGUCCCAGUUUCCCUCAGCUUAUUGGUGCUCAAAUUCCCUGUUUCCCUCAGUUUAUUGGUGCUCCAAGUCCCUGUUGCCCUCAGUUUAUUGGUGCUCCAAGUCCCUGUUGCACUCAUCUUAUUGGUGCUCCAAGUCCCUGUUGCACUCAGCUUAUUGGUGCUCCAAGUCCCUGUUGCCCUUAGUUCAUUGGUGCUCCAAGUCCCUGUUGCCCUCAGCUUACUGUUGCUCCAAGUCCCUGUUUCCCUCCUUUUAUUGGUGCUCCAAGUCCCUGUUUCCCUCAGCGUAUUGGUGCUCCAAGUCCCAGUUUCCCUCAUCUUAUUGGUGCUCCAAAUCCCUGUUUCCCUCAGUGUAUUGGUGCUCCAAGUUCCUGUUGCCCUCAGUUUAUUGGUGCUCUAAGUCCCUGUUGUCCUCAGCUUAUUGGUGCUCCAAGUCCCUGUUGCCCUCAGCUUAUUGGUGCUCCAAGUCCCUGUUGCCCUCAGAUUAUUGGUGCUCCAAGUCCCUCUUGCCCUCAGUUUAUUGGUGCUCCAAGUCCCUGUUGCCCUCAGUUUACUUGUGCUCCAAGUGUAUGUUGCCCUCAGUUUAUUGG